CAACGUUUGCCGCCAAAACUUAGCACCUCCCGUCUUCAGUGGUUUUUGUGCUGUUAAAAAAUUGCUGUUCGUUGGAAAAUUAUUUUAUGUGACAAAAAGAAAUCUGUCUACACAUCAUGGCAGAGGCUGACAAUGAGAUCGACUUUUUUACGCUUGCAUCGAAUGACGAUGUCGAUUAUUUGGAGCCUGGAUACAAUAUCAUGCCACUGCUGGGAGUCAUUCGAGGAAGAGAGAGUCCAGGACCCACUGAUUAUUCCUGGAACCAGGGUUGUGUGAAAAUGAUUUUCACAAAUCUUACUGGCAGGGCCAUCAGGAUGAUAUUUUGGGGAGAGCACGCUGACAGUUUCGUCCAAAAUAUAACUGGGCAGAUCGUUGCAUUUGUCUCCAUAAUGGAUACUAAUUUCACGCACUCUAAUGAUUCAGAUCGACGACCAAUCGAUCUGAAUAUUUACGAGGCAGACACCAUUGUCCAUUAUUUAGGACGAGUCUCAGGAAAUGUUCGUGUGAUGGAUGGCAGAGCAAUAGUUGAGAGACAGUCUAGGUGCAACGUAGCCCAAAUUGAAGAUGCUGAGGAGUUCAAAGAAACAGAUGGUUUUGAUGUCAGGGGGUUUUGACUCACGAAAGUUAUACAGUUAUUUUUUUAUUUUUUAUGAUUUGCACUACAGGAAAAAAAAGUUUUUAAUGAGA